AUGUCAACGGUCAAGGAGCAGCUUAUUGAGAAUCUAAUUAAGGAUGAUAAAAUCUCCCAACGGAAGAUCACCAUUGUUGGAGCUGGUGCCGUAGGCAUGGCUUGUGCUAUUUGUAUCUUAAUGAAGGAUUUGACUGAUGAACUUGCACUUAUUGAUGUUGCAGAAGACAAAUUGAAGGGAGAAACGAUGGAUCUCCAGCAUGGCAGUCUUUUCUUUAAUACUUCAAAGAUUAUCUCUGGAAAAGAUUACAGUGUAUCUGCAAACUCCAAAUUAGUUAUUAUCACAGCAGGUGUGCGGCAACAGGAGGGAGAAAGUCGUCUUUCCCUGGUUCAACGUAAUGUGAAUAUCAUGAAAUCAGUCAUUCCUGCACUAGUCCAUUAUAGUCCUGACUGUAAGAUGCUUAUUGUCUCAAAUCCAGUGGAUAUUUUGACAUAUGUGGUCUGGAAACUAAGUGGGUUACCUGCCACUCGCAUAAUUGGAAGUGGUUGUAAUCUAGACUCUGCCCGUUUCCGUUACCUAAUUGGAGACAAGUUGGGUGUCCAUCCCACUAGCUGCCAUGGUUGGAUUAUUGGAGAACAUGGUGAUUCUAGUGUGCCCUUAUGGAGUGGGGUGAAUGUUGCUGGUGUUGCUCUGAAGACUCUAGAUCCUAAAUUAGGAACUGAUUCAGAGAAGGAUCAUUGGAAAAAUAUCCAUCGACAAGUUAUUCAGAGUGCCUAUGAGAUUAUCAAGCUGAAGGGGUAUACCUCUUGGGCUAUUGGCCUAUCUGCGACAGAUCUGGUAGGAUCAAUUUUGAAAAAUCUUAGGAGAGUACAUCCAGUUUCCACUAUGGUUAAGGGCUUAUAUGGAAUAAAAGAAGAAAUAUUCCUCAGUGUCCCUUGUAUCUUGGGGCAAAAUGGUAUCUCAGAUAUUGUGAAAGUUAACUUGAAUUCUGAGGAGGAGGUCCUUUUCAAGAAGAGUGCCAACACACUUUGGAAUAUCCAAAAAGACCUGGUAUUUUAA